AUGGCCUGUAAACCCAAAAGACACAAUACGCAAGAAAAUACUACAACGCAGCAGAAUCAGAAUAAAGAUACUAUAAACAUCCUCCAGAUAAACACACAAAAGAGCAAAGCGGCAUGCUCACAUCUCGUCCAAGCGGCUAACGAAAAAAAUAUAGAUAUAAUUGGGAUACAAGAACCAUACUAUAUUAAAAACAAAAUUGUAAGAUUCGGCAGAUGGAGGGUGAUUUCCGGCAACACGAACAACAGACCAAAAAGCGGCUUCAUAAUAUGUAAUCCCGACCUCGACAUAGCGAAAAUACCCCAACUAAGCAACGAAAACAUAACGACCGUUAUUUUACAAGCACACGAGCCAAUCAUCCUUAUAAGUGUGUACUUCUCACCAGAGGAAAAUGACGACGAUUGCAUCAGAGAACUUUCUGACGUAUUAAGAAAGAUCAGCGACAGAAACAUUAUUAUUACUGGGGACCUAAACGGGAAAUCUCCCGUUUGGUUCCACGAGAAAGAGGACAAAAGAGGCAGGCUUAUAACAGACUUAAUGGAGGAAUUUAGCUUGAUCUCAACAAAUAUGUCUACCCACCCAACCUUCUUUACACCGUUCGCCAAAGGAUGGACAGACAUCUGUCUGGUCUCCGAUAAAAUGGCACACAAGAUUGACAAUUGCGAGACUCUACUCAGCCCUACCGCUAGCGACCAUCGCUACAUCCUAACUCAAAUCCAACAAGAAACACCAAUCAGAAACUCUAAACCUAAUUCCUUUCAAAUAAAGCAGACAAACUGGACAAUCUUCAGACACGAGUUUGCCAAAAACUGGCAGAAUUACGACUUCCCGGCGACCAACACGCAGGAGGAAAUAGAGAAUUAUGCGAAACACUUCAUCAAUGCUCUAACACUUGCAGGUGAAAAGGCACUAAAAUAUAAGACCGUGCCGCAGAGAAAGACGCAUUGGUGGAACGAAUCGCUUAACGACAUGAAACGAGAGGUAAACAGAGCGAGAAAAAAAUACGAAAGAAAUAAAAACACGAGGGAAGAGAACAAAUAUAAAAACAACUAUAAAAGGAAGCUUACAGAGUAUAAAAAAUCAAUAAAUAAAACUCGUACAGAAUCCUGGAAGAAAUUCUGCACGGAUUCUAAUAAAAAAGGACCGUGA